AUGGCACACUCCAUUGAGAUGACCUCAAUAGAUGAUCAAAUUCCACUACUUCCUCAAACUGAAAAUGAUGAGAUAGAAGAAUGGAGGAAAGUUGAUCAUUUAAUCGACAUAAAGGAGACAAAUGGUCAAGAUCCAUUAUGGUCACAAACAAAGAAAUCUGUAAAUCAAAUCUUUGAUGAAAUGUUUGAGAAUUUGGACAAUUCAUCAAUUGAAUCAUGUACCAUAUUCAAAGUAAAUGUAGGGCUACGUGAAUCAAAUCCAGAUGCUUAUACACCAAAGAUGAUCUCUAUUGGUCCUUACCAUAAGAAAAAUCCUCAACUUCGCUCAAUGAAAAAGUACAAACUAUUGUACCUACAAAGGUUUCUUCAACGAAAAGAGGGGCUUGAUGUGGAAAGUUGCAUCAAUGAAUUGAAGGAACUAAAGGAGGAAGCAAUAAAGUGUUAUGAAGAUAUAGACGAGCUUGGUAACGAUAGUCAAUUUUGUCAAAUGUUAUUGCUUGAUGGUUGUUUUGUGGUUGAGUUUAUUCGAGAGUACUGUGAAAUGUGUCUACAAGGAGAAGAAGAUAUUAUCAAUAUUAAAGAUAGUUACAUAUUUAGAGACUUGAUCUUACUAGAAAACCAACUUCCUUUCUUUGUCCUCAACAAGCUUCAUUACAUGACAAAGCAAGAUGAUGAUUUACCAUUGCCAAUACUGGCAAUUACUUCGUUUACUUUUUUCAUUGACUUGUCAAAAAUGACCCCCGAAUCCUUUGGAGAGAUAGAAUGUAAUGCAGAAAAUAUCAAACAUUUACUUCAUGUAGUACACAUAUUUUCAUGUUAUGGGAAUCCCAUGAAAAACUCAAAAGAUGGCAUAACAUGUCAUACGGUCAUGCCAAAUGCAACAGAGCUUUUUGAAGCUGGAAUUAGCUUCGUUAAAGAAGACAACCAUAGGGAUAAUACAAAUUUAUUUGACAAUAUAAAGUUCGAGAAUGGAUUGAUGACAAUACCUUGUUUUCAAGUUGAAGAUGAUACAGAAAUCCUCCUGCGAAAUCUCAUUGCUUAUGAGCAACAAUCAAUUGAUGUACAACCAAAAUAUUUCAGUGAUUUUGCAACUUUCAUGGAUUAUCUUAUUGACUCAGAUAAAGAUGUGAAUUUGCUUCGCCAGAAAGGAAUCAUAGAGAACUGGAUAGGAGAGGACAAAGAAGUAGCUAGCAUCUUCAACAAAAUUGGAAAUGGAGUCGGUGUUUAUUCCAACUUCUAUUACAAAGAAGAAUGCAGAAAAGCAGUUGAACAUUGUGAAAACCCAUGGAAUAGAAUGAAGGCAAAUUUGAAACACAAUUAUUUUAGUAAUCCUUGGGUAGGAGCUUCAACUGUGGCAGCAAUCAUACUCCUCAUACUCACAACUAUACAGACUAUACUAGCUUUCACAGGUUCCAUUAAGAAGUAAUUCUCACGAUUGUCUCAA